AUGUCUGAGGACCAGGAGCAUACCGACGAAGAGUAUGUUCAAGAGCAGUUUCAUGCAUAUUCUGCAAAAGUAUCCGCGAUGAAGGGGUGUCAACCAUUUCCCAAUGGAAGAGGGAGAAGCAGUUCACAGCUGAAUUGGCCGGGGUCUGUUCCUUCUGUGACAAGCGAUUCAUCAAACGAAACGUUGAAAGUUAAUACUAAUAUGGUGUCUGGUGGAGGGGCCAAUAUUGGACCUAGUUUUCUUAAGAAGACUCCGUCAGCGCAUGCGGUUCCAACAUCAUCUAGUGCAAGCACGCAGUAUCAGGCCGGGUUGCUUUCACCGUCAUCCGCUAACUCUUCCGCUAUUUCUUCGAGGAAACCUAGUACAUCGGGUUCCUCUAGUGGACAUACGCCUACAACUGCACAGAUGAAGACUAUUACAUCCCCAAAACUCUCGGGAGCCCUUUCUUCACGAUCUCGUUCUAGCUCAUUGACUAGUAAUAAGUUAUUUGCAUUAAACCAAUCGAAUGAUUCAUCUACUUCCACUAAUUCGUUUCCAGUCCCUCCUAUUGUUGCAUCGUUAAACUCGCAAACAGCUAGUUCUGUGUCCGCAUCCACAUCGGUUGACCCUAACUACUCAUCGCAACUUAAUUCUUCAGCGCCAAACCUGACACCUACGCUAUCUUCACCUUCUGUACGGUCACUGAGUAGUAAUGCAACAGCUACCCUGAAAUCCACUAAGCCAUUACAGAAACAAUAUGUACUUAAUGAACAAGUAUAUUUGAGUUCGAUGAAAAACAAAGCGGUAGACGAUUACUACACUAGGGGAAUCACAUCCUCAGGUAAUGAUGAUGAUGACGAAUCAAAAGUUGACGGAGAAAACGAUGAUGCGGAUGAUGAUCUCAAUAGGAUUAAUGAUAAAAUGGAUUCUGCUAUUUUCGGUAAUAAUAUAGCAACUAGUGCAGACAGAGAUUUCCGUUCCAUAGAUGAUGAUGAAUUAGUACUGAUGAGUUACAAGAUUCUUCUUGAUAAAAUGGAGUGGUUGCGUUCUGUGGACCCCAAUAAUAAUAUUGGAAAUACUCUCAAUAUUUUGCACAAAUCUGAACGCUCGCGAAACGGUUCUGUCGAUGAAGAAGGUUUAUCUUACAUUGAAACCCAACUUAUAAUGGAACAAUUAUCCAACAAUCCGCUCGUAAGGGAACGUCUUGAAUGGCAAACUAUGCUUUCUAGUGUUCUAAAAGGUGAUAUCGUGAGAAGUGAAAAAACAAAACUUGCUAAUAAGAAACCCGAUGAAAUCUUACUGGAUCAUAACGAUUUGAUAUGGUUAGAACUCAAAGCCUGGUUAAACGGAAGAACUGUUGAAGAUCAGAGGGAAUCCCUAGAAUACUCUAGAAGCACUAGUGAUGAGGUAUUCGAUGAGAUAUUGAACUACAAAAAUAAUAUAGAGAACGACCCGGAUGCAGUCAUUCAAGAGAUUAAAACUCUUUUGCAGAAAUAUUAUAGAGUUGUCGGAUAUUGGAAGAAUGUUGCCAAUAUGAAUAUGGAAAAGCCUGUCACAAAGACAACUAACUUCAUCAGUCGGAUCGAAACCUUCAACUCACUCAUUAAUUCAUAUGAUAGUCUUCAGUACGAAAUCGAUGCUUUGAAACUUUGGACCCAAAACGAUGAUUUAGAUGUCACCUUCACUAAAGAUACAUUAGACAAUGAUGGGAUAUUUAUGAAUGAUCGUUCAUUCGCCGAACAAAUCAUGAAGGAGAAAGACAUUGAAGCAAUUUUUCAGAAGAAGAUCUUUUUCAAGCAUGCCCCCUGGAUGUUCAAAAGUAAAUUAAUAUUUCUAAAGCAACGGAAUUUUAUUGAUGAAAUGAAUCUUCCUUUACCUGUUGAUAAAAUUCACAGUCUUCUCACAUUUCCUUUGCGCUUGAUCCAAGAAAUCAUUUCGAUCAGAUUGGAAUAUGCAAGAAAGCUUAAGAAGCCUACCAUGAUGAUGAUAGAUCAAAUGAUAUACGACUUUAGCACCUACAUUAAGUUGUCGGUACAGAUCAAACAUACACUUAUAGAAUACCGAUCUGGUUGGGAAAUAGGAAUUGAGAUAAGUGAUUCCUUUGACGCAAAGGUUGUAGAAGCAAUCGAAUUUUUGUUCAAACUUCUGCAUUUGAAAUUGAUUGAUAGUUCGAAGAACUCCUUUAGGACUUUUAAGGAGCCUGAUAUUCUAUUCUCGCAUUGGGAGAACCUAAAAAACGUUGGAUGUUACAUUUCUGGAGCAAGCAGGGUGGUAGCUGAAGGGUUUGUGAACAUAACAAUUAGAUUGUUGAAUCGGUUGUAUUUGUACAUCGUCGAGCAACAAAAGCAGAAAAAUGAAUUUGAAUCAGCCUCUCAAGCUAGGAAAUGGAUCCUUGGUGUCAUUGAAAACAUUGGUGCAUUCAAAAGAAAAACUAACAGAUUUGCCAACGUUUUAACAAAGGCGUUCCAGAAUUCAGUGUUGUAUAAUAUCAACGACCAUGCUCUUUUAUUAGAGAGAUUGAAGGACAGUGGCCACUUUUUGAUCUAUACCGGUGGGGUUCUUGAAGAAAAUGGUUAUUAUCUAAUCGCCAGCGAAGAACUCUUGGGAUGUUCUGAUGAAGAUAUUUUAGAUAUCAUUAAAUCUACCAAAAUUGGUUCAGACUUAAUACCUAAAGUGGAAAUCAAUAACAGUUUGGCAAUCUAUAACCCUCCAGCGGAUCUUUCAUUACCAGAAGCAAUGUUUGUACAAGAAGAAAGACGAGAUGGUGUACUUUACUAUCAUCUAAAGCAAGACGAUGUAAAUCAUAGAAUUGGUAGUCGUGGUAAAACUAUAUCUGGACCUCAUAAUGAUGAAACCGAAGAGCUGGUACAGUUAGAAAACAAGUUAAAAAAGCUUGGCUACAUUCUAGUAUUUUGUCCAAAAAAACCAAUGAUAUGGAAUGGAGAAAUGUACAAUCUAACUACUGAGAAUCCACUAUCAAUUGAGGAAUUCAAUAUUAACAUUGCUCCAGAUACCAUAGUAAUGCUAAACCAGGGAUCAACAUAUGCUUUAGAUUAUCAGGUUGACAGGUUCCAAAGCUUUGUCGGUGAUUCAGUUGCCAUUAGAGAGAAGCGCUGCGCAAUUAAUGAAAUUGAAACAUCGCUUCAGCGGAUCAACAGGUCCUUCUUUAGAAUGACAUACGCCGCCUUGGCAAAUUUCGAAAAAGUACAAAAGAAUAUUUCAGCGCAUACAUCUGAAGUGAAUUUCUUCAACAUUGCUUAUCUCUUUAUUAAAAACUUUGCAAAAAGCUUCCUUCUUUUAAACGUAGCUACUCCAGAAACUAAGGCUAUCAUCAUACGAUUAAUGAUGCGUAUGAGCAUAGACUGGUUAGGCUUUAUUUUAGAUGAAUGCGAUCCAACAAAUCCAGAGACAUUUAGAUGGUGCGUUCCUGCUAUGGAAUUUGCGAUGCAAAUGACAAAUGGGUGGAACAUCAUGAGUAUUAACGAAAAAGAUUUCAAAAUCUUGAAGGAGAGGAUUGCCGGCUGUAUGUCGCUAUUAGUGUCACACUUUGAUAUCACUGGUGCCAGAUCACGGGAGGCAGAACGUAUAAAUGCCCAACAAUCGAGGCCUAAUCUUGAUAUUGAUGACGCAGAUGAUGAUAUGAUUUUGGCCGUUAAUUCUGAGAUGCGUAUGAACGCAAUUUCUGAUAUGGAAAAAGAGUUGAAGGUCAAAAGACAUUAUUCGGUUGGUAAAGUCAUUGAUGACACUGAUAACGAGAGUAAGUUCUUAAAAUCAUUGGCAUCUUCUAUUUCAAAUCUUUCUAUCAGAUGGCAGAAGCGUAGUUUCAUUGGCAGUGGUAGUUUCGGAACAGUUUACUCUGCCAUAAACUUAGACACAGGUGAUAUUCUAGCAGUUAAGGAAAUCAAAAUCCAAGAUUCAAAGGCCAUGAAACAGAUUUUCCCUUCACUUAAGGAAGAGAUGCGUGUUAUGGAAAUAUUGAAUCAUCCUAACAUCGUGCAAUAUUAUGGUGUUGAAGUCCAUCGAGACAAAGUUAAUAUCUUCAUGGAAUUCUGCGAAGGUUCUUCGUUGGCAAGUCUCCUAGAACACGGUAGAAUUGAAGACGAAAUGGUAACUCAAGUUUAUACCUUGCAGUUACUUGAAGGCCUAGCAUGUUUGCAUCAAUCUGGUGUUGUACAUCGUGAUAUAAAACCGGAAAAUAUAUUAUUGGAUGGAAACGGUGUUAUCAAGUAUGUUGACUUCGGUGCAGCAAAACUUAUAGCAAAGAAUGGUUCCAGGAGGUUAUCACUAGACUCAAACAAACAAGGCGCCGGAGGAAAAGACAUGAUUGGAACACCAAUGUACAUGGCCCCCGAAACUGUUACUGGUCAAGGUCACGGCAAAUUCGGAUCGGACGAUAUUUGGUCGCUUGGCUGUGUUGUGCUCGAAAUGGUUACCGGAAGAAGGCCAUGGGCGAAUUUGGAUAACGAGUGGGCAAUCAUGUACCAUGUUGCAGCAGGUCAUCUUCCACAAUUCCCUUCUAAGUCUGAGAUCUCAUCUGCGGGCAGAAAGUUUUUGAGUAGAUGUUUAAUACAAGACGCUAACAAAAGAGCCACAGCUUUGGAACUAUUACUUGAUCCGUGGAUAGCUCAAAUUCGUACUAUCGCAUUCGGCGGUGACAGUGAUGUCACAAUAUCCGAACAGUAA